AACUUUUGGCCAUUGGUGUCUAUCCAUAAUUAUUAGAGGAAGCAAAAAUUUUAAAGCCACAUUCUGCGCCGGCGGGAAGAUUAAAUCAUCGGAAAGAGAGUGGUUUGUUCUGUGAGGAUUAGGGCUAAAAUGACAGUGAAUUUUUCUGGCUUCGCAGGACGCAGAUUGGAUCUGAAACCCUAACCUACAUUGUCUAAUUCAGAGUAUUCCUGACUUGAAUUUCAGCUUUAAAGCCUUUCUGUACAGGUAAUCAAUUGUCAUUUUCCACGAGAAACCCCAAUUCUGAUCUCCAAGUCUGUAUUAAUAUUUUAAUACUUGCAUUGGAGUAGACAUUCUGGUCUGGGUUGCCGUUGUUAGAAGCUUUUGCUAUCAUCUUCAUGGGAAAACCUCUUUGCUAUGAUGCGGGGAAAAUUGAAGUUUCUGAAAGUUUUAUCAAUAGAAUAUAUGGUGUUUUCUCUGAAGGCACACACUUUGCUUCACCACUUUCCUCCUUGAGGACAAAUGAAUUCGACUUGGUGCGAGCUUUACUUGAAAUGUUACAAGGGUUUUCUAGUUCCUUAUUUUAUUGGGACAAUGAUGUGAACCGUUUUCGUGCCAAAACUGGGAUAUAUGUUGCUCAUCUUUCUCUGACAAGUCUUAACGCCGUUAUCAAUCAACUUAUGUAUACCGGAACUUGCUUGCAACUAGUGGGAGUUGUGGUCGCCAAAGUUGAGAAACGGGCAGGAUCUUCUCCACCUACUUUGAGAGCAUUUGCAUGCUCUGCUUCUGCUUGGCUUCGUAGAUUACGUGAUAUUGCUCUAAAGGAACAGACGAAGAUGAGCAAUGCUGGAACUGGAUUUACUCCUACCUUGUUGGGAUUGACAAAUUCUUUAUCCAGCCUUUGUUCAGGUGCUGAGUACCUAUUGCAAAUAGUGCAUAGUGCUGUUCCUCAACUAUUUUUCGACUCUAAUUCUUCUGUUCCAGCAGCUGACAUAGCAGUUCAUAUCCUUGAUUAUCUUUACAAGAAACUAGAUGAAGUGUGUCUUGUGCAAGGUGGUGAGGAGGAAGGAUAUCAGAUGCUACUUUAUAUAUUUAUUGGAAGUCUGUUGCCCUAUAUUGAAGGUCUUGAUUCGUGGCUUUUUGAAGGAACACUUGAUGAUCCUUAUGAAGAGAUGUUCUUCUAUGCUAAUAGAACAACAUCUGUUGAUGAGGCUGACUUCUGGGAAAAGAGCUAUCUGUUUAGGCAAACACAGUGUCUAGAGUUAGAUUCUGAUAUAACUGCUCUAAUUUCUUCCUGUGGCCUUGGUACUAUGGUAAAUGAAAAGAAGGAAGUUGGCCAAAGGGAAUCCAUCUCGAUUUCUAGUUCUAAAGGGAAGGACCGGAGCAAUGUGGACCUUCAAGCCUAUCCUUUGUUUAUCAAGGACAUAGCUAGGGCAAUUGUUUCUGCUGGAAAGUCAUUGCAGCUGAUUCGGCAUAUUCCAAUAACAUCCUCAGUAAUAGCUGGCAGAGGAUAUGAGUAUGACGUUGAUACUGGUUUUGGCAAUUUAAAGGAUGGUUUUUCUCACGGUCAAAGCAUUGCUGGUUUAACAUUGUCAGAAGCUUUUUGUGUGUCAUUAUCGGGUCUUAUAGGUCAUGGUGAUCACAUCUUCCGAUACCUUUAUCAAGACGACUGGCAUAAGAACAAUAUUAUUCAAUCAUUUGGACUUUCUUUGAAUCAAGAAAAAAUUGGAAGCGAUGAACAUGAACUUUUGCCUGGGGCUUGCUUUGAAAAAUUUUGGUAUAAAUAUUUUGUUGAUACACUAUUGGAGAAAAAACUGAUUAAUGUUGAAACAAAUGGAGCUAUAACAAGUGGAGAGAAAAUGACUGAAGCUGAUGCAAAUAAAUUACUUCUUUUGAGAGCCUUCUGUCCAGAAAAUCCUGCUAUUACUGUGUGCCAAGAAAUCCUUUCUAGGAAUAAGGAGGCCUGGAAAGCAUUAAAUUUAUCCAGAAAUUUCUAUUUGCCCCCUCUAAAUGAUGAGGUCUUACGAAAGGCUAUAUUUUGUGAGAGUGACACAAUUUCUGCUGUGGAAGGAACAGACUAUACUUUUGGUUUCCAGUUUGGUGAAUCUGGGUAUCUUCGUACACAGGAUGACUCUAAGAUGUUGGAAACCUUGUUUCCUUUUCCUACUGUUCUUCCUUCCUAUAGGGAUAGUUCUUGUCUGUUAGAGCUCUUACCUUUCCAGAAAAAUAGCACCCUUCCAUCAAGAGUUCUUAGCUGGGUUCGGAAUUUCAAGCCUAAAAAUAAUCUACUUCCUGUGGUUGUUAUGCAAGAGUGCCUUACUGUGUAUAUCAAGAAGCAGGUGGAUUGUAUUGGCCAACAUAUAUUGUCAAAAUUAAUGAAUGAUUGGAGGUUAAUGGAGGAGCUAGCUGUUUUGCGUGCCAUUUUUUUGUUAGGAUCAGGUGAUCUGUUACAGCACUUUUUGACAGUGAUUUUCAAUAAGUUGGAUAAAGGAGAAACAUGGGAUGAUGAUUUUGAGUUGAACUCAAUAUUACAGGAAUCCAUAAGAAACUCUGCUGAUAGUGUGCUACUAAGUGCUCCAGAUUCAUUAAUUGUGUCCCUGACAAAACAUCCGGGUGUAAAUGACAAUGAGCAAUCUAGUACGGGUUCCCUUCCAUCAACUCCUCAUAGAAGUCGUGCACACAUCUUCGGAAUCGAUGGCCUUGAUUUACUAAAAUUUACAUAUAAGGUGUCGUGGCCACUUGAACUCAUUGCUAAUACUGAGGCAAUAAAGAAGUAUAACCAGGUGAUGGGGUUCUUAUUGAAGGUCAAGAGAGCAAAAUUUCUACUCGAUAAAGCUCGGAAGUGGAUGUGGAAGUGUAAAGGUGCUCCAACAAAUCACUAUAAGCAUCACUGGUUGGUGGAGCAAAAACUUCUUCAUUUUGUGGAUGCUUUUCACCUAUAUGUGAUGGACAGAGUAUAUCACAGUGCAUGGCAAGAACUCUGUGAGGGCAUGGCAGCUGCUCGUUCUCUGGAUGAAGUGAUAGAAGUACAUGAAUCCUACUUAUUGUCAAUUCAGCGACAGUGCUUUGUAGUUCCAGAUAAGCUGUGGGCUCUCAUUGCGAGUAGAAUCAACAGCAUCCUUGGAUUAGCAUUAGAUUUCUAUUCCAUACAGCAGACACUGAGUGGUGGAGCAGUUUCUGCAAUUAAGGCCAAAUGUGAAAUGGAAGUUGAUCGCAUUGAGAAACAGUUCGAUGAUUGCAUUGCUUUCCUCCUAAGAGUACUUUCUUUCAAGCUGAACGUGGGUAACUUUCCGCAUUUGGCAGAUCUGGUUACACGAAUCAACUAUAACCACUUCUACAUGUCUGAUAGUGGGAACUUGAUGACUGCCCCAUACUCUGAAAAUGCAGCAAGAGGGAGAAAAUCAUUUGUUGGCAGAACAGAGUGAUUGUUUCUGUUGUUUGUGUGUUGUUAUUUUUUUUUUCAAUAUAAAUUUAAAAAUAUAGUAGUAUAGUGUGCAUAGCAGUGUCUACUUCACAUUAGUCUGAAGAAGAUCACGUGAACUUGAGCCUGAGCCUGAGCCUGAGCGAAACAGUUUGCUCAACUUUGGUUUGCCAGGAUGGAAGUUCAUGCAUCUGCUGCCUCGGAAAAUUUGGCACCGGCAUCCGUCCUGUUAGUAUGCAAUGGAAUAUGUAUGGAUGACUUGGGAUGAUAAUCACAAUGAAUUUUGAGGCUUCAAUUGUGUCGAAAACAGAGUAUGAAAUGCUUCUCCUCAAAAAACAAUGGGACACCACGCCGGUAAUAAAUCUCCGACUAGAAAAUGGUUGAUCUUAAAUAUGUAAUUAUUUGUAGUUGUACAAGCAAAGUUUGGUCUAUAUCCAUGCUGGUUCUUGCCUUUUCCCCCA